AUGGAGAAUGGGGAACCGGGGGUGAGUGACGGGGGACACAGGUGGCACAAGGCCAAGGUCCCUGCCCCGUCAGUCGCCCCACACAUAGAGAGUGACCCGCGGCAGGGGCAGGACAGGCCAAAGGGGAAGACCCAGAGGCAGAAGUUCGGUUAUUUCCUGAACAGAAAUGCUUUCCAAAAGGCAGCCCUGCAGAUCGAGUGCUACCACAUCCAACAUGCCUGGGACCAUACCAAAUCCAUGUGGCAGAACCUGGUGGAGAUGGGGUUGGCCAUGGACCCCAACAAGGCAGUGCCCUUCCGUAAGAGAAAGAUCAAGGCCAGGGAGGUGAGCACAGAGGAGAGGUCUCAGGAGCUUGUGCAGAAGCCCUAUGUGCUAAAUGACCUGGAGGCAGAAGCCAGUCUCCCAGAAAAGAAAGGAAAUACACUGUCUCAGGACCUCAUAGCCUGGGUACGCUACAUGGUGAAGAACCACGAGGAGGAAUAUAAGAGUGGCAAGCCUUCGUUCAUUCUUUGUAGAAGAAUAAGAUGGAGGUUGAGUGACUGGUUUACACCUGCCCCAGGUUGAAGCCUCUUCCUGGACCAGAGAGAUGGGAGUCAGGUUUAAGGCAAGGAGGGGCACAUGGCUACAGAUGAGGCUGGCCAAACCCCAUUCUCGGGGCCAAGGCUGCCUGAUUUGGGUGACAUGAGAAAGUGAUGACUGCUCCAUCGCAGGAUCACAGACAGGAUGUGGGAUGGACACUGGGCAUUUUCUUAGUUUGAUACUUUAUCCUCAGCUAUUAAUAAUACAAAAAUUCUUCUGUUCCUAAGGUUUCUC